AUGGAUGCAGCUAAUGUCCUGGAUGAAGACCAACUUCUGCACUACAACGUUCAGAUGAGCAUCCAGGAGUCGUGUCUAGCGGGAUCAGAGAGGAGUGAAACUCUGAAGCUCAUGGGGGCCAUCAAACAAGGUGACAUGUUGGCACUGCAGAAGCUCUGUGAUUUCCCAGCAGCCUUCAGUCAGGUGGACGAACGCGGCUGGUAUCCUCUGCACAGAGCGGCGGUCCAACCUCUGGUCCUGGUCCUGGAGACGGUGCUGUACGCGUCUUUCCGUCUGUCUCUGGAGGAAAAGACUUCGGAGGGUGAGACCUUCCUGACGUUGGCAGUGAGAGCUGGUUUUGUGGAACACGUGAAGAUGCUGUUGGACUACGGAGCUUCUCCUCACACGACCAACAGCAAGAACGAAUCCCCUCUGCUCUUAGCAGUCCGAGCCGGAUCUUAUCCGAUGGUUUCCAGUCUAAUAGCCAAAGGAGCUUGGGUGGAGCAGGUGUGUCUGAAGAAGUGGACGGCCAUGCACGAGGCCUCCAGGGCCGGCUGUGUUCGUGUCAUGGAGCUCCUGUUGCAGAACGGAGGUCAGGUCUCAGAGACGGACCAGUAUGGAGUGACUCCUCUGGGCAUCGCUGCGGAGUACAGCCACUCUGAAGUCCUGGAGCUCCUCAUCAAACACGGUGCUGAUGUAAACGCCCAGGCGCCGAAUGGCGACAGCGUUCUGUAUGACGCCGCAGGUUCGGGGAAUCCAGACUGUAUCGACAUCCUCCUGCAGCACGGAGCGAAUCCCAACAUCCACAACCUGAGCUUCCAGCUGCCCAUCCACCACGCUGCUUACAAAGGACACUCCCUAGCUUUGAGGACUUUGAUCCCGAUCACCACCAGACGAGCCCUGCGUCUGUCCGGCCACAGCCCCGUCCACUCUGCCGCUGACGGAGGCCACACCCACUGCCUGGAGCUGCUGCUGCAGAAGGGCUUCGACGUCAACGCCCAGCUAGCACCUCACGUCUCCGACAAUUACGGAGACAUGAGGAGAAGCCCGCUGUACUUUGCUGUCUCCAACGGGGAUGCAACAUGUACCGAGAUUCUGCUGAAGUCGGGAGCUAAACCCGAUCUGGACCCGCUGCGCUGCCUCCUGGUGGCCGUCAGGUCGGGGCGCUACGAGAUCGUGAAGCUGCUGCUGGCGGCUGAGGCGGACGUGAACUGUUUCUUCACGGUGGUGAGCGACACAGUGUUUCCCACGGCGCUGCAGUACUGCCUGAAGGACGAGGUGAUGAUGAGGCUGCUGCUCAACAACGGCUACGACGCCAAGAAGUGUUUCCGAUGUAACCAUGGUGAUGACUGGGAUGACCUGAGCAAGUCUGGUUUCUCACAAGAUCAGGAGGAAAAAGUUGCAUUCUGUGAUUUCGUCAGCGUCUCCUGGCUGGUGAACCUGGCGGGCCGGGUCGUGUCCAUCCUCCUCGAGUACGUCGAUCAGGUUUCCCUCUGUGGGAAACUGAGAAAGAUGCUGGAGGAACACAAGGAGUGGCCUCACAUUCUCUGGACCACAAGUAACCCCCGCUCUCUGUCUCACCUGAGCAGAGUGGUGAUCAGGAAACACCUGAGCUGCAGCGGCCUGAUGUCCGUCCAGCUGCCCAACCGGCUGAAGGACUACCUGCUGUUCAAAGAGAACGACCUGUACGACAAAAUCAUCUGCCGGGAGGACUUCUGUCUCACUAUUGAGUCUUAA